UACAGGCUGUGUAAAACACUCUUGACAACGCGGUCGUUUGAUAUCGCGGUGUCAAAUAUCGAAACAAACAGCGGACAGAGGGCAAAGCACAUAUUAAAACAGUGAAACAGAAUAUUAAAAUGUUUAUUUUUAAAGUCUUAAAAGGUUUAUUUUAGCAAAACUAUCCCAAAGAGAAGAAGGUCGUUGUAGCUGGCCAGCGAGCUAUCAGAGCAGUGCAGCAGCAACCCCUCGGAGUCUGAAGAGCCGAGGGGGGUGGGACAAGUGCGCAGAGACAGACAGCCAGGCAGAGAGGAAGUCAGGACCAGCAUGCCCUUGUUCUUCAGGAAGAGGAAGCCCAGCGAGGACUCCAAGAAGCGGCUGGAGUAUCAGCUGUGCUUGUCCAAGGAAGCUGGAGCUGAUGACAUAUUGGACAUCUCAGCCUGUGAGCUCGCAGAGAUUCCUGCCAGUGCCUUCUCCAUAUGCAAGGUCCUUCAAAAAAAGGUCUUCAUUCUCCAUGGGAAUGAGCUGAGAUUGCUGGUGCCCAAAGGCUGCAGUAUAACCUCCCUGGCAACACUAAAGGUUUUAGAUCUCCAUGAGAACAAGUUGACGUCACUUCCUGAUGACAUCGGACAGCUGAAGUCCCUGCAGGUUCUCAACGUUGAGAAGAACCACAUAAAAUCCCUGCCAGAUUCCAUUGGGGAGCUCCGCCUUCUUCAGACCCUAAAUGUAAAAGGAAACUGCCUCAGCCAGCUGCCCUCGUCUGUGGGCCAGAUGAGCAGCCUUCGCACGCUGGACCUGAGCGAGAACAUGGUGAGGGAGCUGCCCAAGGCCCUGGCCAACAUCCGCACCCUGGAGUGCCUGACCCUGGACGCAGCUCAGAUGUCCUUCCCUCCGGCCUCGGUGUGCAGCGCGGGCACCGAGGUUAUCCAGCGCUUCCUCUGCACAGAGUUGGGGCUGGAGUACUGCCCCCCCUCGCAGUACCUGCUUCCGGUGCUGGAGAGUGACGGGUCAGUGCAGACGGACUGUGUCGAUGGCCAGGAAGAGGCCUGGCAGAGUAAGUUCCAGGACUACGAGAAGAGAAAGGAGCAGAAGAAUCAGGAGAAGCUGGAGUUUGAGCGCCGCCUCGAGGAGGAACAGAGGGAGCACACCCAGCUGUUCCUCCUCAACAAUUCCCGCAAAGAGGACAUCCUGCUGUCUGUGAAGCAGGAGCAGGAGCGGCUGGAACAGGGUGUGACCCAGCAGCAGAGGGCACUAGAGGCCGAGAGGCAGAGGGUGCUGUCCCAGAUCAGGCUGGCAGAGACCAGCAUCUCCAGCCGCAUCUCCUGUCUGCUGCUAGAGAAUAAGAGACAGAAAAAGAGUACCGAGUUCUUGCAGUCCUUGGAAGAAGAUCGGAUACGAAUGGAGCACCUGACUGCCAUCACACAGGAAGAGGCCAAUUCACUGCGAAAGAGGGAAAUUGCUGCUGCCAUGCAGAAGAUGCUGUCGGAGGGCUACUCAAUGCGUCUGCUGCAGGAGGCGUGUGAAAAUCGGAGACAGAGCCUGGUCACCGAGACCUGUAGGAGCCUGGAAAGUCUGGAUAAAAAGUUUGACCAAGUGCUGUCGCUGCAGCAGCUUGAUAAAACCAAAGCUAUUGCCCAUAUCUUGCAAGAGGAGGAGAUGCAGAAGGCAGCCUUUGAGGCUCUGCAGCUCCAAAGAGACAGCAUGCACGGCUUCAUCCGUAACCAGAUUAGGCUAAUAGAGGAUGAGUUAAGGCAGCUGACUAAACUGGAAGUAAAGAGGCGCAAUCUGGACACUGAAAAUUUGCAGGAGGUGCUUGCUGACCAGCGUGCAGCUCUCACUGACCUCCUGCAACAGCUGCUCAAACAGAAGGACCAGAGAGAGGUGGAGCUUCGGCAAGUCCUGGCGGAGAUGGAGCUGAAGAGCGAUUCCACUCAGCAGAACUACUGGAUGAUACAGUAUCAGAGGCUUCUGGAUGCCAAGCCGCUGUCGCUGCGAAUGCAGGAGGCUGGUGUGGAGGAGGACCUGGUGUCUCUGCUCUGUAAGCUGUCUGCCCAGCACUACCUUCCUGUGAUGGCUCACCAUCGCAUCACCUCCGAGGCACUGCGUCACAUGACCACCUCUGACCUCAGCAAGCUGGGAAUUUGUGAGGUGGGAGUGCAGAAGGCACUGCUGAACUGGGCCAGGGAACGGGUCAGCGCUCCACCCCAAGAAGCAUCUAAAGCAUCCCCCCAGGAAGAGGAAGCUGGUCCGUCCCAGCCGAGCGCCCCUCUCCCAUCCCCGAGCCCCCCGGCCUCCCCUGAACUAGCGAUGACCCCCACUGCCCCGGACCUGGAUGACAGCCCUGGAAGCUCCGAGUGUGUGGUGUGCAUGGAGAAAGAGCCCCAGGUUAUCUUCCUGUUGUGCGGUCACGUCUGCUGUUGCCAAGUGUGCAGCGAUGCCCUCCAAACCUGCCCCCUGUGCCGCGGCGAAAUCGCCCAGCGCGUCCAUCUCUACCGCAACUAGGGGUGCCAGAAAUCCGAACGGGAACCCACCUGCCUUCUUCAUCCAUCCACCCACCGCUGUCUCUCUCUCUCUCCGUCCCUCUGUCCCUCACACUCUCAGUCUUUUCAGAGCCAGCGUUUCCCUCUCCGCUAGGGGUGUGCGGAGACACCUUGUCUUUGAACCGGGAGUGACCCGUGCCCGUCCUGCACUGGUCCUGCCUCUCUUUAAACCAAUCACAGUCAGGGAGGAAUGGCUUAUCUGGUCAAACUAAGGCUGUAAUUAUGUGAAUGAUGUUAUACGAGUGGUGGAAAUUAUGUGAAUGCUUCAGGAUUUCAGUGGGAUGACCCCC